UAAGUUCACUUGCAGCAACUAGUUCCUAUUGUUAUCACCCUCACAUGAAACCUAUUGCCUCUUCUUCCUUUCAAAUCCCAUCUCUCUCUUUCUCUCCUCCAUAUUUAUCUCUCUAUAUGUAUACCUGAAAUCAGACAACUCUUAAGCAAAAAAAUGCUUCCCAAUAGUCAGAAUUCAUCUUAUUUACUCCAAAGAAUCAAUUCCAACACUUCAGCCAAUUGUAAACAACCCCACCAACUACAGCGCCACUCACCAAUACCAUGCACCACCCAGGUACCAGAUUCCGUCGUUAAAUACCACACGCAUUUAGUGGGACCCAACCAGUGCUGCUCCGCCGUGAUCCAAAGAAUCUCAGCCCCCGUAUCCACCGUAUGGUCCGUCGUCCGCCGGUUCGACAACCCACAAGCGUACAAGCACUUCGUCAAGAGCUGCCACCUCAUUGACGGUGACGGUAACGUCGGUACUCUCCGUGAAGUCCGCGUUAUCUCCGGGCUGCCAGCAGUAAACAGCACGGAGAGGUUAGAAAUUCUUGACGAGGAGCGCCACGUCAUUAGUUUCAGCGUAGUCGGUGGGGAUCACCGACUCGUGAAUUAUCGGUCUGUUACUACUUUACAUCCUGAACCUUCAGGCAAUGGGACAACGACUAUCGUCGUGGAAUCGUUCGUUGUGGAUGUUCCAAUGGGUAAUACUAGGGAUGAAACAUGUGUUUUUGUUGAUACUAUUGUUAAAUGUAACCUUCAAUCGUUAGCGCAGAUCGCUGAGAAUUUGAGCAGACGAAAAGCCCCAUGAGCCCUUUAUCCCUUGACUUGACUUUCUGGCGCUAAUCCGGAUUUACUCGCUCCAACACGGAUAUCGGACACCACAUGAAAAACUAAUCGAUACAUGUGAUGAUAUGAUGUAUCAAAUCCAAUGACGUUUUUGGGGGGUACGAUGGUUUGAAAAAUCAUUGCACCUUUUAGCUGUUCUUCAUUGAUCUUCAGGUUGUCAGUACUUGUUGAAGAUAAGUUCGAUCUGGUUAAAAAACUUGUUUUGCUGAAUUAAUUUCUUUCUGUGAUUGUUUUUCUUCUUUGUUUCUUUAAUAUUGGUAGGUUUUUACUUCACUGUUACUGCUACGUUUUCUUUAUCAGCAAUUUGUCAAAAAUAAGAAUUUCAGGUCAAAUUUUUGAUA